CUCUCUCCAGUUCGCCAUUUUUCCAGAUCUCCGCCGGGUCUCUGCGCUUCGUGACCGACUCCCGCACUCGCAGCCUGGACUCUUUUAACGCCAGCGGCACUGUGGACGAGUCGCAGCCUUAAACAACAUAGACACAGCAUCAGCAACUAGGAGGACAUUUGAGCCCUUCGCCUCCCCUCUCUCUCUAUCCGUGUGGUUGGUCUGUACGGUGUCCUGAACGAGCAGGAGAAUGUCCGCCGAAAGCCCCGAGUACUCCCCCUUCUUUGCGGUGAUGGGCGCCUCAGCAGCGAUGGUCUUCAGCGCAUUGGGUGCUGCCUAUGGCACAGCGAAGAGUGGCACAGGCAUUGCUGCCAUGUCAGUGAUGAGGCCGGAGCUCAUCAUGAAGUCCAUCAUCCCCGUAGUCAUGGCGGGUAUCAUAGCCAUCUACGGCUUGGUGGUGGCUGUGCUCAUUGCAAACAACAUUUCAGAAAAGGUUACGCUCUACAAGAGCUUUCUUCACCUGGGUGCAGGACUGAGUGUGGGCCUGAGUGGCCUUGCUGCUGGCUUUGCCAUUGGUAUUGUGGGAGAUGCAGGAGUCAGGGGCACAGCCCAGCAGCCUCGCCUCUUUGUGGGCAUGAUCCUCAUUCUGAUCUUCGCUGAAGUGUUGGGGCUGUACGGGCUUAUUGUUGCCCUUAUUCUCUCCACCAAGUAAAAUAUUACCUAAAAUAUUAAUUAUUAUUAUUAUUAUUGUUAUUAUAAUACAGACAACCACCCACUACAAACACACACCAACUCAGACAUCCACCUAAUGAAACACAUUGAGUAACUACAACACAAGAAUCGAAGAGAGGGGAGUGUGUAUGUAUGUAAGUGUGCGUAUGUAUGUAAGUAUGUAUGUGUGUGUGUGGUGGGCAAGUAAUUGUCUGUGCGAACUCUCCUCUCUGUGUGUAUUAUAGUAGCCUGAUAUGCGUCCCCUUGUAAAUGCGCUGUGUAGCCUGUGCUCUUGUCUUGUUGGUGUUUAGGUAGAUUCCUUGACCCCCCCCCCUACCACUACACUUCUUUGUUUGUGUUUUUAUUUUGUCAUUUUUCCUCAUGUUUAAACGAAUCAUUUUUGUUUUGCUCUUUUUUUUUUUUUGCCUUUUUUUCAAUUUUGGGACCAUUUUUGAUUACUACACCGAUGUUGAGGACCUAACUGUAAAGAAAAGAAGCAUAUUUUUUUUUUUGUUUUUCACCAAUUUAUUUAUGAAGAUUUUGAGAUGUUCAUGAAACUGUUUAAAUCGAUCAAAGUCUUUAUUGAAAUCCCAAUGAUCUAUAUAUAUAAAUACAUGUAUCAGAAAUAUAUAUCUGUAUAGGUAGGUCAAUUGCACUGUGGGUAAUUUGUGCUUGGAGUUCCUCUGGAUGUAAUCAUUGGUUACCAUGGAGAUCUGUUUGUUUCAAGAUAUUGGUGUGGAAGUUUACAGAGCGUGCAGUCGUGAGUGUAUGCACGCAUACGUUUGUGAGUGUGAAUGUGUAUGUUUUAAUUCUAAGGUGACAUUCUUUAAACAUGUGUAGCGUUAUACCUGUAGUUACUACUGUUUUCUGGUUGCAUUGAUGGGUGAACACCAGCCCAGCCCGUCCUGUUUCCAAAUAAAAUUUCCUCAACUUC